GCGCUAUGGGCAACCGCCCAUCCGACACCCACUUCCAGAACCUCCAGGGAGGUAACAGCGGCAUCAGCGAUCAAGGUCAUGAUUCUGAACACGGCGUAAACGAGCCCAACUACAAGGUAAACAACAUUUACACCGACUUCCGCAAGUAUGGCGAUAAAAUCUUGGACGGGGUGAAACAAACCCUCGACAAAUGUCACCACGACGAGCUGUACCCUCCGCAUACACGCAAGACCGAAUGUAUCUUGACCGCGAUGGACGACUCGCUGGAUGUCUGGUGGGUGGAUUCACGGGAGGCGUUUAUGCAACUCCUGCCAGCCUUCAUGCAGCAUAAGACCCGGGCGCUCUUCACGUACAAGGCCCCCAGCAUGAAGGAGCACAAUCAUGUCAUGCUCUUCAAAAGCUCAUGA